AUGAGCAACCUGCGAGCUAUCUGUAGACCACACACGGUGUUCUCUUCGAUCGUGUGUUGUAGUAGAAACCAAAUUCGAUCGAUUGUUAGGGUUUCGAUUCAAAGCGUCGGAUACAGAACUCGGUUGUCGAAUUCGUCUCCGUCUUCGUCGUGGUUUAGGUCUAGAGAUACGAAUCUUUGGUUUCGUGUGAGUCAGAGGAAGACUCUCGUCAGGGCAGCAUCGAACUGGGGCGAAGAGAGAUCUCCGUACGACACUCUCGAGUUGGAUCGAGAUGCAGAGGAAGAGCAGAUCAAGGUGGCAUACAGACGAUUAGCCAAAUUCUAUCAUCCUGAUGUUUAUGAUGGAAAAGGGACACUUGAAGAAGGAGAGACAGCAGAAGGUAGAUUCAUCAAGAUUCAGGCUGCGUACGAGCUGCUCAUGGACACUGAGAAGAGAAGACAGUAUGAUUUGGACAACCGAGUGAAUCCAAUGAAGGCAUCACAAGCUUGGAUGGAAUGGCUGAUGAGAAAGCGUAAAGCGUUUGAUCAGAGAGGCGACAUGGCGAUUGCAGCUUGGGCUGAGCAACAACAGCUUGAGAUAAACCUUCGUGCUCGUCGUCUUUCUCGUUCCAAGGUGGAUCCGGAAGAAGAGAGAAAGAUCUUGGAGAAGGAGAAGAAAGCGUCGAGAGAGUUGUUCAACAGCACUCUAAAGCGACACACGCUGGUACUGAAGAAAAGAGAUCUGAUGCGGAAGAAAGCAGAGGAAGAUAAGAAAAAGCUCAUCACUCAGCUAUUAGCAGCAGAAGGUCUCGAGCUCGAUACUGAAGAAGAAGAGGAAGAAGCAGCCAAGUGA